UUCACGGCCACCCGCAACAUUUGAAGCAUUCACCUUUGUUGCACAAUCAGCAUGGCCGCCGCAGUAGCAGACGAUGUCGCCAACCUGAAGUUGGACGACUCACAGAGUAAGCCAACAAACGGUGAUAAGCCCGUAGGCGACGCCGAUCACGAAGACUCGGACGACGAUAACGAAGCCGAGGAUGGCGCACCAGAGGCCGGCGAAGGGGCAGCGAAAAAGAAGAAGAAGAGAAAGCCCAGGAAGAAGAAGAAGCCUGGCGCUGCCGGUGGUGGUGGCGGACCCAAGGUGCAAACGUCACCACCUCGCGUCCGCAUCGACGAGCUCUUCCCCAACGACUCGUAUCCAGAGGGUGAAAUCCAGGAAUACGUCAAUGAGAACACGUACCGAACCACGAGCGAAGAGAAGCGCCACCUCGACCGCAUGAACAACGACUUCCUCGCUGAAUAUCGCAAGGGCGCGGAAAUUCACCGUCAAGUGCGGCAAUGGGCACAGGGCUUCAUCAAGCCUGGCAUGUCACUGACGGAAAUUGCCGAGGGUAUUGAAGACUCUGUCCGCGCUCUGACAGGCCAUCAGGGUCUCGAGGAUGGAGACGGACUCAUAGCCGGCAUGGGUUUCCCGACUGGUCUCAGCAUAAAUCAUUGCGCUGCGCACUACACGCCAAAUGCGGGCAACAAGAUGGUUGUCAACUACGAGGAUGUCAUGAAGGUUGAUUUUGGUGUCCACAUCAAUGGCCGUAUCGUCGACAGCGCCUUUACAGUGACCUUUGAUCCCGUAUACGACAAUCUCAUCAACGCGUGCAAAGCUGCCACAAACGCUGGUAUCAAGGAGGCUGGUAUCGACGUCCGCAUGAGCGAUAUUGGUGCUGCCAUUCAGGAGGUUAUGGAGAGCUACGAGGUGGAAAUCAAGGGCCAGAUGUUGCCUGUCAAGUGUAUAAGGAACUUGAACGGACACUCUAUUGGACACUUUACCAUUCACGGCGGUAAGACGGUGCCCAUUGUCAAGGGAGGCGACCAGACAAAGAUGGAGGAAGGAGAAACUUUUGCCAUUGAAACAUUUGGUAGCACAGGAAAGGGUUACGUUCGAGAUGAUAUGGAAACUUCACAUUACGCCAAGAGAGCCGAUGCUCCCAAAGUCGCCCUCCGUGUCUCGUCUGCAAAGACGCUGCUCAACUCCAUUACCAAGAACUUUGGCACUCUGCCUUUCUGUAGGCGAUAUCUGGACCGCUUGGGUCACGACAAGUAUCUCUUGGGCUUGAACAAUCUGGUUAGCGCUGGUAUCGUCGAGGCGUACCCGCCGCUGUGCGAUAUCAAGGGAAGCUACACGGCACAGAGUGAACACACCUUUGUGCUCAGGCCAACAUGCAAGGAAGUCCUCAGUCGCGGCGACGACUACUAGGUCUAUCUUUUCUCUCGAAGCCCACGACGCCCUUCUCCCUCCAUGAAAUGUAAGGGGAAAAGGGCAAUUAUUCGCCUAAGAAAACGUUUCACAAGUAACUCAACACACAUACCAAAACUAACCGCAUUACCAUCAAAUCACCAGCAUGAAUUACCUUUUUUGGGGGGAGGUUUUGUUCCAAAUGAACACAGUCUGGGGUCGUGGCGCAGAGGUUCCGUUUGUGAAAUCCAUAAACUUUUUGCAUGUAUGUACAUAUGGCGGGAAGAGAGAGAAAAAAAAGAAAUAAUGGAAACUUCAGUACAAAAACAACGAGUCUAUUAAUGUAGCAAUAUCACC